AUGCCGAAGCUUGCAAGAGAAUACAACGAGUGCGAUCAGUGGGAAAAGGCAUACCAGAAGCAGGAUGCCGUCUUUGUAGCCCGAAAGCGUGCCAUUGGCAAUGAACGCCAAAAGCCCAUGCGCUUUGUGCGAAAUGUUGGUUUGGGUAUCAAGACCCCUGCCGCUGCCAUUGAGGGCAACUACGUGGACAAAAAGUGUCCCUUCACGGGAGACGUCUCCAUCCGAGGACGCAUCCUCACGGGACAGGUCGUUUCCACCAAGAUGAAGCGAACCAUCAUCGUGCGAAGGGACUACCUGCACUACAUUCGAAAGUACCGUCGUUUCGAAAAGCGUCACAAGAACAUCUCGGUUCACUGCUCUCCUGCUUUCCCCGUCAAGGAUGGAGAUAUUGUUACCAUUGGACAGUGCCGUCCUCUUGCCAAGACGGUCCGUUUCAAUGUCGUCGCUCAUGAACCUCAGGCCACCAAGGCUGGAAAGAAAUCCUUCCGUGUCUUUUAA